AUGUGGGCAGCCGGUGGGGGCCAUCGAGAAAUGGUGGAGUUACUUGUAAGUGAAGGGGCUAACGUAACGAUUGUCGAUGGCUUCCGCAUUAACAUCCUUCACUCUGCCUGCCUGGUAGGAGAUGCAGAGGUGGUGAACUAUGUCCUCUCACAACGCACGGUGGACAUUACUGACAAAGUACGUUGCGGGAGAACAGCUGUGAUGCUGGCAGCAGAGAACGGACAUAAAGACGUGGUGGAGCUUCUUGUAGACAAAGGAGCUGACGUGUCACUUGUGGAUAGAACAGGUGGCAACAUCCUUCACUGUGCCUGUAUUGGAGGAGAUGCUGAGGUGGUGAACUACAUCCUUUCAAAAAAUAUGGUAGACAUCAACAGCAGAGGACAUCGCAAGAAGACACCAGCGAUGUUAGCAGGUCAGAAUGGACAUAGAGAAGUGGUUGAUGUACUCGUAAAACAUGGAGCUAAACUGUCACUCAGAGAUAAACGCCACAACAACAUCCUUCACCUGGCCUGUGGGGAAGGACAUCUUGAUGUGGUUAAGUACAUCAUGUCACUACACACGAUGGCCAUCGACAGUGGAGGAUAUGAAACAAAGACACCAGUUAUGUUAGCAGGAGAGGGGGGACAUAAAGAAGUGGUUGAGUUUCUUGUAAAGCAUGGAGCUAAUCUGUCACGCAGGGAUAAACGCCGCAACAACAUCCUUCACCAGGCCUGCUGGGAAGGACAUCUUGAUGUGGUGAAGAACAUCAUCUCACUACACACGAUGGACAUCGACAGGGGAGGAUUUACAGGGAAGACACCAGUUAUAUUAGCAGGAAAGAGUGGGCAUAAAAAAAGUGGUUGA